UGGCGUGCGACGCCCACAGCAGCAGCAACGACAGAAGAGCAGCAACAGCAACAGCGACACCCCGUCGGCGUGAAGCGGAGUGCGGCAGUCCCCCGGCUCCCCGCGCCAUUCGUGACUUCUUAUUCCCCUACGUGUUCCCGUAGCAGCGCCGCCAUGACAGAGGUCCCCAUCCUCACCACCCCGAGCGGCAGGCAGGUCCCACUGCCAUAUAAGUUGGGUAGAGGCUCGCGGGCCAUCGUCAGGGGCGGAUUUGUCGACAACUGCUAUAGGGCCUUCAAGGUCGCCACGGAGCCCCAGCCGGACGACAGCACGGCCAAUGGAGUGUGGAGGGUGGCCUGCGAGGAAAUGACUGUGGAGGUGGAGAGGAUGGCCACGAUACAGGCCAUGAGGGAGGAGAGGAACGGCCAGCGCGCGUCGGUGAGGCCUUUUCUGCGGCUCUUUUCGGCCGCCACGCGCCCUGACGAUGGCGCCACAUACCAGGAGUCGCCCAGCAAGCCGCCAAGGCGGUGCGUGUACAUAGAAAUGCAGCCUCUCAACGGUGAGCAUGAAAAGAGGGAGGACAACAAAGUUCCAUCCCAUGGAAUUUGUAUUCAAUGGCCUUUUUCUGUGUCCUCUUUGUCAUCAGGCCCCGACACCCCCGCCACCACCGGCUACAUCAGCCUGCACGACCUCAUCUUCAAGAAGGGCUACAACCUGCCGGAGAUCACGGCCAAGCACAAAGGCAACCCCGAGAUCAUCCUGCGGCGGGUCACCCGCCUCGCCCGAGCCCUCCAGUGGGCGGCCGCAACGCUCAAGCGUGCGCUGGAGGAGGACGGGUUGGUCUGCCCCGACCACGGGCUGAACAACGUCUUCGUCAACUCGGUAGCCCUCGACUGCACCAACCGCACCGACACGUUCAUCAUAGACCUGGCCAACACGCUCCACACCAGCCCCCCAGGCCCCUCCAUGUGCAGUGAUGACGGCACCAUCCCCAGCCCGCCCCCCUCCCACCGUCCAGCUGCACUCAUUCCCACCAAGAGGGCUGCCAGGAAGGCGGAGAAGCAGCUGCCGACCUUCAUUAAAUUCCACGCCGCCCCAGAGCAGCUCGCCUUCCUGGUGCAGACCCUCAAGGAGAACCCGACGGGCCAGGACGUCCAGGAGUGGGGCGGCGAUGCCAUCGAGAGGCCGGGCAUGUGGGAGUCCAUCAACGGGCUCAGCAACGAAGCGCGGGCAGAGCUGCGCCAGCAGGGCCUGUGGGUGGGGGAGGGCAGCAGGGAGGGCAUGUGGAUGACGAGCCACACGCUGGCCUUCAACCUCGGGUGCACGGCACACAACGCCAUCAGGGGGGAGCUAUAUAGCACCCCGCUGCUGGCCAAGAGGUGCCCCAAGCCGCCACAGAAGCCCCCCAAAAACGCCACCGAGGCCGAGAAGACGGCCUAUGACCAGCAGCUGGAGGCAUUCGGGCAGGAGGUCAACGUCCUGCAGGCCAUGGUCUCCCUGGACUGGGACCGAGUGCGCCGCGCCAUCAUGGACCAGGAGGGCCACCCGAAGGGCGGCAAGCCGGGGCUGAAGGAGGCCAAGGACGAGCCGGGGCUGGAGUGGGCAGGGGAAGCUGUCAGGCGCCUGAACCACGCAGCAGAGAGAGCCCUGCGGACCAAGAUUAGCGAGAGGGCGAGCCUGAGUGAGCUUGAGGGGGAGUUUGCCGGCGUGGUGGAAUACCUGGAGGGGGUCAAGAAGGCCAAAGCGGGCGACAGCCCAGCAGCAGCGGCGUCGCUGCCGUCGACGGCCGCCUCGCCCGAGGGUGCCCACUGCACCACCCCACCCGCACCCCCACCCGCGAGCGCCUCACCGCCAGUCGCCAACGCCACCCCAUCGCAAGGCCGUGCUGUGAUUAGCCCCCAGCCCGCCAGUAGAGGUAUGCAAGAAGGAGAAUAUGACAGACACGCGGGACAGGGUCGCCAUUUCUCGGUCAGUGUCAUACUUAUCUUCUCUUCUCUUGUGCGUGUGUUGCGUUCACGCAGGUAGCGUGUUGUCGUUUGAAGAGAGGCAGGAGGCCGCCGUCACGCACGAGAGGGGGGAGGAGGACAGAAGCGGACGCCCACUCAACACACAGGAGCAGCAUCCCCACGCACACACCCCUCCCAUCCAGCAGCAGGAGACGGCCACAGCAGCGCCACCACCACCACCACAACCACCGAGGAGGAAGGACACGUCGCCAGCACCUUUAGCGGCCGCCAUUCCAUCGCAGGCCGGUGCUGUGAAUAGCCGCCAUGCUGACCAGGGUAUGCCUCAGGGUAGCCAGUGGUCGGUCAGUGCAAUCAGUGACAUGCAUCUGCUCUUAUGCUCUAUGUAUGUGUGUUGCGUGCAGAUGCCGGUCAGGUGGCUGUGUUUGAGCAGACUGACGAGAGGGAGGAGGGCACCCCAGACGCCAGAGAGCCAUCUGUCCCUGCUGCCCCAGACGUGCACCACACGCCCAUCCCACCACGAGCCCCCGAUGGCCACCACCGGCCAGCACCAGCGGCACCACCACCACAACCACCGAGGAGGAAGGCCACCCUGCUCAAGGACAUCAAGGCCGCACAGAAGGCCAGAGCGGCACCACGCCAACUUCCUCGAGCAAACGGCAUUCCCGCCCACCACCUCCCCUAUGUGGCCUACCAUGCCAAGAUCGUCCACUACGACGGGCACACGGAGGGGGGGUGGAAGUGGAAUCCGUUGGUCGACGAGUGGGAGAUGUGGCAGCCCAGUGGGGAGGGCGAGCACUUGUGGGAGGUCCGUGCAGCCACGCAGGACAUGCGGGUGAGGUGGUGGGCCCUCUGCAGCGACGUGGGCGAGACGGCUGCGGCUGCAGGGCAGUGGGUAGCGGGUCGUUUGGGGCUGGGUUGCCGCACCGCCCGCCGCACUUGAGAGACAGACAGACAGACAGACAUGCAUGUGUGUAUGGGGAGUGCAUGCGUGUUUCU